AUGACCUCUCUUCCUCAGGGCGGCAUGGAGAAAACGGCGGCGGCGGUGGCGGUGGCGGCCGAAGAGGAGCCGGAGGAAGCGUGGGCGUGGACCUGGGGCGCGGGCACGGACGGGCAGCUGGGGAACGGCGGCUUCCAGGACUAUCAUCUCCCGCAGCCGCUCCUCCUCCCGCCUCGCUGCCGCGGCCGCGUUUCCUUCGUCGCCGGCGGCGGCGCCCACGCCAUCGCCCUCACAAGUGAUGGUGAAGUAUUUACUUGGGGCAGAGGUACCCAUGGUCAGCUUGGCCAUGGGAACAUAGAGAACAUCCCUCAUCCAAAGUCCGUUAAGUUCUUUGAAAACUAUACAGUAACCUGUGUGUCUACUGGAUGGAACCAUUCUGGAUUUGCUACAGAUUCUGGGCAACUCUUCAUGUGCGGAGAUGGCUCAUUUGGACAGCUUGGCACUGGUGAUACUCAGUCAAGGAACUUGCCAUUUGAAGUGCCAUCCUUUACCACAAAGCAUGUUGAGAAGCUUGCAUUUGGGAUGCGCCAUUCUCUUGUCCUAUUGAAAGAUAAUUCAGUUUAUGGAUUUGGCUCAGCAAGACGGGGACAAGUUGGCAAAUCUGCUUCCAAAAAUCAGAAGUUUUGUAAUACUCCUAGAUUAAUUGAUGGUUUUCCAAACUGCAAAAUAGUGAAUUUAUAUGCCAAUGGAGAUCAUAGUGCUGCAUUCGAUGAAUCUGGCCAGUUGUACAUCUGGGGAAGAGCAUUAGUUGGUGAACAUGAUGAUGACCAACCUCGGGCAGCCUUUCCCUCUUUGAGUAUUUCUCAAGUGGCAUUAGGAUGGCAUCAUGCACUAGUUUUAUCUGGAGGUGAAUUGUACACCAUUGGUGCUUACCGCCAUCAGAAAUGUGACCCUUCUGUGUCAGAAAAUGCAGUAGCGCAGAAACUGAAUCUUACCACAACAAGCAGUAAACAUCAUGAAUCAUCUUCAGUGUCAAAUUUAGCGAAGGUGCCCUCUAUUCAUGGACAGCAGGUGACCCAGAUAGCAGCCGGCACUGAACAUUCAGCUUUGGUGACAGACAGCGGAGCAUUGUUCACCUGGGGCUGGGGAGAGCACGGGCAACUGGGCUUGGGAGAUACUUGUGAUCAGGUGGUUCCUCGGAGAGUAAAUCUAGGCGACGAGGGCUCACGUUCUUCUGCUUCGCUCAGCGUGUACUGUGGGAGCGGAUUUACCGUCGCCGUGAGCCUGCCUUAG